UAAACCAUUACGAAAAGAAGACUUGGAGGCUCAUUUUGGAGAUUGGACUGAGCUUACCAUCUUGACGUGGACUCAGUAUAUUUUUACAAAACCCGGAAUAGAUGAUCCUGAUUUUGCAGAAAAAAUUUUGAAAAUCAUUUCGCAUCAAUUUAAAAACUUGUCAAAGCCUGACCUCGAAGCAAUAAAAAAAAUCAUGGCAGAAAAGAGAUGCAUUCCAACAGUAUCCGGUAUGAAAUCACCUAAAGAAUCUUACUUUCCAGAUGUCAAGUUAUUACCUGAUCUGCCGAACGUUAAUUUAAAACAACACAAAACAAAAAACCUCGACGAGUUUUUAUUGUUUAUUGGUGUGAAAAAACAUGUUGAGUUGCAACUUGUGUUUGAUCGACUUUUUAAUAAAGGAAGUUGGGAUCAUAUGGAGUUAAUAAAAUAUUUGGCCUCAAUUGACCUCGAAUGUGACGAUAUGGAAAAAUUGGAAACUUCGGUUAUAUGGCCAAUGGAAUCUGGAAACAAAACCCAAAAAUUUACGGUAAAAGAAUUAUAUGCACCAUUGCCCAAAUUAAUUGAACUUGGAUUACCCAUCAUCAAAUGGAAAGGCCGAUUUUAUAAAAAUACUAAAGAAGGCAAAUUUAUCUUAAAACUUGGUCUACGUGAAUAUCCGCCACUCGAUGAAAUUCUUAAACUGGCAUCGAAACCUCCUAUGCGUCAGAAAGCAUUUGAAUAUUUUCUUAAUAAUUUUAGAGAUAAAUAUGCUAAAGAUUAUGAUGCACGGUCAAUAAAUGUGCCAUUUCUGCCGUGCAUGGAUCCAAAUGUUUAUUCAGAACCCUCAAAAUGUUUUUUUAACCCUGAAUGUGCAAUAAUGGGAUUUAAUGUACUACGCAAAGAUUUACGUUGUAGAGCUGAAGAAUUGGGUGUAGAGCAAUAUCCAAAUUACUCGCAGUUGUCGGAUAAACUAAUCAAAGAGCCUCCAGAAAAUGAAGAAAAGGCUAAGCUGGUUUUUGAAUUUUUAUUUUCAUGCACAUCUAGUUCAGACUCGACUGCUUUCAGUAAAUUGAAAUUUAUUCCAACCCGUGACAAAGAUCUACCUAACACAUUCAAAUACAAUCUUCCACAAGAUUGUUUCUUCAAGAACUCUGAAGAAGAAAGUAUCGAGUUCAUAGAUUUCUUUCCUUAUGUUGAUUUUGGAGAUAAGGCAAAUAUAUUUUUACGAAAUUGUGGUGUCAAAGAUAAACCAUCACCAACCCAACUAGCUGAAUUUCUUGUCAAAUCUUCAGAUGCAUUUUUAAAGAAAAUUGAUGGAAAUAAAAAUAAAUACAUCUCAAUAUUGCAUAAAAUUGCUAUUGACUUUUCUUCCAUCAAAAAGAAUUCAGGACUUUUAUUCAAUAUGAAGCGAGAGCGAAUCUUACUAGGAAGGAACAAUGACGAGGCAGACAAUGAAAAAUAUAAGUUAGCACGUGCAAAAGAUAUUUAUAUAAACGACAAUUCAUUUUAUACGGUCAUGUUUAAGCCACUAACUUGCCCCAUUGAUGUAUUAUUAGAAGGGUUAUAUCGGAGUCUCGGAAGUUAUUCUUUGGAUAGCAGCGUUACAUCAUCUUUUGUUACAAUAGGAACUCCAGAACUCACAGGAAAGUCUCGAGCAGUGCAAGAUUUAAUUAGAGAGCGAUUUCCGUUAUUUUAUUAUAAUAAAGACCCAUAUAAGAUCAAAUUUCCUGAAGAUUCGAUGAAAGAAUUGAAUGUAAUGGAAGUUGAAAAUAUUAAAGGAACCUAUUACUUUAAUGGAAAAACCAAAACUGAUUCGAAGGCUUGUAAAAUAGAAUCCAAUAAAGAAAAGCGUAAAUUUACAAUAUAUUUCAAAUGUGACGAAGAUGAACCAGAUCUUUUAGGUAUUUCUGCUGAAAUUUCACAACAUAUUUAUGAAAAACCGGAACCUCAGGAUACUUCACACAUAAGUAUUUUAUUAAUGACGCCACUAAAUGCGCUCAAAAAGAAUGGAUAUCCGGUGGAUCGUAUGCUGGAAGAAAGAACAAAAAACACUACUAUUGAAAUUCCCACUUCCAUAACGCGAAAUCAAGAAGAUUGGGAUGAUUACUUUGAAUUAUUCCAAAAUCCUGUUUAUAUCAAUCCACCAUGGAAGAUGUCUGGUGCUGGGUCAGAUCCUAUCCAUCGUUCAAAAGAAAAUUUGCAUGAAGCAUUGCGUAAUGGUGUGAGUUCUUGUUGUCCCAAUUCAAGAGCGGUAGUCGAUUCUCAAACUGGGUUAAAUGUUGACAGAGAGCCUGAGAAGAAUCAUUGCGAUAUUUCACAAGGUCAACCAUUAAAACGUGUCAGAGUAAUUAAUGAGAUCAAUAUUUAUAUCCUUAAGAAGCUAGUUGAAUCGAAAGUUUUAACAUAUGCCAGAUUAAAAUCUAUAGGAAAUUUCAUCAAGAUUCUUAAGGAUCUUUGUGAGGUUUUUGAACUCAGCCCUAAAACGAUUAAUAUCUUUUAUGAUCCAGAAGUAGACAUGAUCGCAUUUAAUUCUGAAAAGUCCUUGUUCUUCAAUUUAGAAUUUUACAUAUCUCUUCAUGAUUCCAAUGGCCAACCACCUUCUGCUGAUGUAAUGUUUUAUUGGUUUAUGAGUAUGUGCCACGAGCUGGCUCACAAUUUUGUGUAUGCCCAUAAUUCCGAUCAUGAGUAUUAUUUGUCAUCGUAUUGUAGAACUUAUUUUGAUAAAUUUUUAACUAAAUUAGAUAAACUUAAUAUGAUAAGUUGUAGAAAAUGA